UGUCUAAGAAGUCUACAAAAAAGCCCAGGAGUUGAGUUUCCGUGGGAAAGCCCGAGACAGUAAAAGGUCCUGUCCGGUACGCUUUUUGGAUAUCUACGGACGCAUUCAUCUAUAUUGUAAGGUAUGCUACCCUGCAGCGGCACCCACCUUCUGCUUUUGCUGGUUCUGUGCGAUGCGCUGUACUCAGGGGCAGUGAGCCUGCCAGCAGUAGGAGCGUAUUCCUCCAUAAGACCCACGAGGCAUGCGGAUGGCUUAUUUACAAGUGGCUACAGCAAACUUCUUGGACAGCUGUCAGCCAGACGGUACCUCGAAUCUCUGAUUGGAAAGCGCAUCAGUGAUGACUUAUUGGAAGAUGAAUCUCCAGUUAAGCGUCAUUCAGACGCUGUUUUCACAGACAACUUCAGCCGAUUACGGAAACAGAUGGCGGUGAAGAAAUACCUGGACUCCGUUUUGGUAGGAAAACGGAGCAACCAAGAUUACCUUGCGAACUUCCAGGAGGAAUCCACUAGAAGUGAGCCUUCUUUCCAAGACACCUUGGAUAACAUGGCUGUAGAUGAGUUUCUCAGUCGGCUUCCUGUGCCACUCUAAGCUGGGGUCCUGAAGUGGAUGCUCGGACAGGUCGUCAUGAUGUGUGGCUACAUUCCAUUAUUCAUAUUUCUUUAGCAAAAUGUAAAUCAUCAUAUUGUUUACUUUUUUGUAAAAACUGUAAAUAAAGGCACAUACUA